CAUGUGACUAGUCCAUGCCAGUACUACAUCGCGACCGUACCGAAACGGAAUUUCUGAAGAGAUCCAUAUUAUAUUCAAUGCCCAUUUUCUCACUUUUUGAUCGUCUUAAAACCUUGUGAAAUGGCGUUAACUUGGACAAUCAGUACAACUGUUAUAUUUUUUAUUUUAAAUUCAUUCAUAAACGUUGUUUUAGCCGCUUAUGCACCAGAUGAAGUUACGAAUCUUCCGGGUUUGAAGACGCAGCCGACCUUUCGUCACUACUCGGGCUACUUGAACGCAUCGGGAGAGGACCGGCUGCAUUACUGGUUUGUUGAAUCUGAGAAUGACCCAGCCAAUGACCCUGUAGUGCUAUGGAUGAAUGGAGGACCAGGAUGUAGCUCCAUGGAUGGUAUGCUGUCUGAGCUAGGACCAUUUCAUGUAAAUAAUGAUGGGCAGAGCUUAUACAUGAAUGAGUUCAGCUGGAACAAGGUUGCUAAUGUCAUCUUUCUGGAAGCACCUGCUGGUGUAGGUUACUCUUAUAAUCCUUCCAAGGAGUAUGCUACUGAUGAUGAUAAGGUGUCUAUGGGUAACUACUUAGCGCUGCAGAGUUUCUUCAAGAAGUUCCCGGAGUAUGCUUCAAAUGAAUUCUAUGUGACAGGGGAGAGCUAUGGAGGCAUCUACGUGCCUACACUCUCUCUCAGAAUCCUCCAGGGUAAUGCUACCAUCAACAUGAAGGGUUUUGCUGUUGGAAACGGAAUUACCAAUUUCACCACUAACUCAGAUUCAUUGGUCUAUUUCGCCUACUACCAUGGACUUAUUGGCCUUAACCUCUGGAAAGGGUUGAAUGACAAGUGUUGUGAUGGGACAUACUGCGUCUUCACUGAAUCAACGGAUACAGGAUGUCUGACACUUGUUCGUGAAACCCUCAACAUUGUAUACAACAUUGGCCUGAACACCUACUCUCUCUACCUGGACUGUUACAACGGGCCGUCGUCUGUGAAGAGCCCUCUACUGACCAGAUAUCAGUUUGACAUGCAGCAUGCCUUGGGCCAUCUACCUACGCAACCACCCAAGUACUAUCAGCCCAUGUCAGCUAUAUUAUCCAAGAGCAAGCUUGGUGUGGUCCCACCUUGUAUCAAUGUCACAGGAGUGACUGCCUACCUGAACCUUCCCGCUGUCAGGAAAGCUCUCCACAUUGCAGAGGAGGCUACUGCAUGGGAAAUCUGCAGUGCUCUUCCAUACAAGACCAUCUACGCCACCAUGUACGAUACCUACAAGUCUAUUCUCACUCAGUAUCGAGGUCUGGUGUACAAUGGAGACACCGACAUGGCCUGUAACUUCCUAGGAGAUGAAUGGUUCAUUGAAUCACUCAACCUGAAGCAGAAAACCGACAGGGCGCCGUGGAAGCUCGGAGACCAGAUUGCGGGCUUCGUGAAGGAGUUUGAAGGACUCUCCCUAGUAACGGUCAAAGGGUCCGGUCACAUGGUACCUCAGGAAAGACCAGCGCAAGCUUUGAAAAUGAUCACCUCUUUCCUCCAGAAUAAACCAUUGUAAUGUAAGAUCAGGUAAUGUAUAUCGAUUUCCAAAGAUGAAAUUGUGAACAAUAAGAAGAAGACAUUAGAUUUUAUAGUACCGGUAAGUCCUUCUGGUUAUUCCAUUAUGCCUCUGUAUUGAAAAUUGUGUGAUGAUUUUCGAUAAAUAGUACAUUGUAAUUUUUAUGUAAGAUUUGAGGCAAGUCUCAAAACUUCCAUCAAGAAUUAGACCAUAGCUUACUCAUUGAAAUAAUAAUAAUUAUAAUAAUAAUGAUAAUAAUAUGCUAUUCUUGUAGAGUGCAUAUGGCAUUAUGAUGUAAUGUCCCUAUCCACAAAGUGGAAAUUGUUACCCUGGCUUUAGCUCUAGUAACUGUAGCACUCGGUGCAUUCAAGAAUAUAUCCUUCUAGCAUGACCAGGUACCCACUUGUUACACCUGGGUCGAGUGUGGCAAUACACCAGUUUACGGUUAUGGGCGCCAUUUUAAUUUACGGGUAAACAAACCAUUGACCUCUAGAGGUCAGUGGUUUACGCGUAAAUUAAGAUAGCGCCCAUGCAAGUAUGAUGUAAGCGCACAGCGCAGGCAGUGUCAUCAAUGUUUUCAGAUGCGCAUGUAUUGUUGCAUCACUGACUGCGCUGUGCGCUCGCAUCGUAUAUGCAUGGGCGCCGUCUUCAAUUACGCGUAAACUGACCUCUAGAGGUCAGUGGUUUGUUUAUCCGUCUAUUAAAAUGGCACCCAUGUCAGCGCAUGCGCACUGUUGUAACUGUAAACUGGUGUAUUGUAGAUUAUUGCUUGCCAGAGAACAUUAGUAGUUCUGCAAGGAAUUGAAAUAGGGGCAGUACACAAUUCACAUUUGUUCUUGGACAAAAGGUUUGAACAGCCAAGAAUUAAUAUACCUUAGCAAUAUAUCAAUUUAAAGUUGCCACUCUCUACCCAGGUGCAGGUGGGAACAUGGAAUACUUGAGCACUGCAUAUCUGUAACUUAGCCAUAGCCCGGCUAAUAAUACUAGGCGUUGUUUCACAAAACCGUCAUUAGUACAAGUUCACUGUUAUCAUACUGGCAUAAGAACUUGUACUUAUGACAGUUUUGUGAAACACUGCCCUGGAGGGUUGGGGAUGCCAUUGAAUGAAUGACACCUGCACUUUAAAAAAAAAGGAGAUGAGAUGAUGAUUUUGUGCCUUUCUUGAGAACUGAUUUAAUUCUAAGUAUGUAGAAGAUCAGUCAGAUUAAGCUGUAAUGGUUUCAGCAAGAAUGAGAAGUGAACAUGAUUCUGGUAAUGUUGUUCAUAUUUGCAAUUUGAGUUUUGAGGAAACAGACUUCUAUAUUUUAUUCAAACGAUUUUAGGCUCCAUGAAUCAAGAUAUUAUUUAGACGUAACCCAGAAAAAAUGUCAGUUCAUUCUUAAUCUAACAUCCCAUCAAUUUACUUAUGAACAAUGAUUAAGAUGACUAAUUGUUGUGUUUUUUUAAUUCUAAAUUUCUAGUUCAUGGAAAUUUAUCAAGUUUAUGAAAAAAUAUUUUUUCAAUGCAUCAAUCAUAAAUUGGCUAUGAAAUUAUAUUGUUCAACAUAAAAUAAACUAUCCUAUGUUUUAGUGUACAUACAAAACCUAGUAUCAUGUAGCAGAUUUUUGAUGGGCUGUGUAAUAUGAUUAAGUUUUCAACAAGUGGUGUUCACAUUAUUUCUCGGUCUGAUCAAAUAUGUCAUUAUAUUCUCAUAUCCCACGACUUCUGGUGCAUUCCUUGUGCAUUUCAAAUAGGUAGAAAUAUAACUAAUGUGAUGAAAACCUCAUAUUCAUAUAUUCUGGUUUAAAGACAGGAUAUUGACUAAGCUAAAUGUAAAUUCUAAUUUGAAAUGUAUCUUUUUAAAUACCUAAUCAGGUAGUGACAAGGGAAUCCCUCCAAUUUAUAGGGAAUCCAUUUAGUUUUUGGAAUGAAGGUAUUUUCUCUGAGCAGAUCUAUAGGAUUGAAGGCAAUGUUUAUUCUGAACUUGACUCAGCUUUGUAUAAUGUCGUUUUAGUAAUAAUGUUCAGUUUGAAAAUUGAAGCAAAGACAGUUUUUGACACCCCCCCCCCCCCCCUCCUCCAAUUCAUAUAGGCUUAAUAGUUAUAGGGUUGUAAUGUGCAAGUAAUCAUUUAAAAUAAAAUCAUGUGUACUUUUAAUAACAUUUAGACAAAUUGCAAUCAAAAAAAUGUUAUUCUAUUUGUUGAUGUAUUUGACAUCUUUAUGACCAAUCAUCUUGAUUUUAAGUGCAGAUAUUAUUCAUACAGUACAUUAGUAUGUUGUAUUGGAGAAGGGAUACGAACUCCUUUGAAAUAUAUAUAUAACUAUCUGCUGCUCAAAUGUUUUCACAUGUUUAUACAAGGCAAUAUCAAAAGUAGAUCUACUGUUUACUCAUGAAAUAAAAUGCUGGUACAGGUACUUAAGUAGAGGCUGUAAAGAAAGUGCAAGUGGGUCAAGUACUACAUGCGUUAUGUGGUAGUAAACUAACACAUAAAGGUAAGCAAUGUUAUUACUGUAUCUUACUUUCUGAAACUUAGUUAUAGGAAGUGUUAUGUUAAGGUGUAUCUAAUUAAUCAAUGCAGGCUUUUGUCAUUAUCAAUUUUAUUAAUAUUAUUAUUUCUUUAUUGCAACCCAAAACUUGAGGUUAGAUUUCAAAUAAAAUAAAAAUACAAACAGAUAGAUAACAAUGGUAGAAAUAAUGUACACAAAGACACAGAAACUGUAGAGUUUGCAUUAUUGUGUUAAUUUGUUAGUAAAUAUGUGACAACUUUUACUGAGUUGUUUUGAUAUUGUAACGAUGAUAACUAGAUUGAGUAAAUAUCUAUUAAUUUCACAUAAUCGUUUACCACUGUAUACUGUUGAGAAAUUCUAAUAGUUAUUAGGACAAAUGCAAGUAGGCAAAUGGGUUCAAUAAUUGGCCUUAAAUUUACCAUAACUGAUUAUUAUGUGCUAAUAUUUGGCAAACGAAAAAUUCCUUUCAUAAUGACAGUAAAUAUUUGCUCUAAUGGAAAGAAUUCAAAUAAAGACCAAUGUUUAUGGAGAACAUUA